AUGCCCAAGGUCAAGAGCUAUUCGGCACCUUGGCUGUCCAAGAAUGCUCCGGGAUAUCAGCUAUUCGAACCGUCCACCGAGUCGCUCCGUUCACGAGCCCUCUCCCCCGCCGCGGCUUCCUCGAGGAGGGAGUCGGCUCCCGGCCCCAGGAGGACCAUUGCCAAUAGAGGCACGCAGGUCUUUGUCGCUUCCGGACGCGACAUUCGCUGGGGAGACCUCGCCUACAUCAAGGAUCGGUGGACCGAGCGUCUGUCGAGUGGGAAGACGGGAAAUUUCGGUGGUGUACGCAUAAAGCAGGAAGAUGAGGAUGUCACCGAGACUAUCGAGAAUGAGGACGGUGCCGGAGGGAUGAGGACGAUAAAAACUCGAUGUGCCGAGGAUAUCCGGCAGCUCAUCAUGUCGCCCAACGAGAACCUCCUCGCUAUCCUCACCACCCACACCGUCCACAUCUGCAUACUCCCCGACUCUGCCCACCUGACGAGCCAAGACACCGGCCCGCUCAAGCCCAAGAUGUUCACCUUGGGCCCCACCACCCACGUCACGUCGCGAUCCGCCGUCAUGUCGGCCCUCUGGCACCCCCUGGGCGUCAACGGCUCCUGCCUGGUGACGGUCACGGCCGACGCCAUCGUUCGGCUGUGGGAGCUGUCGACCGAGGACCGCUGGUCCUUUGACACGCCCACCAUGUCGGUCGACCUCAAGAAGCUGGCCGACGGCACCAACCUGGACCAGGACUUCUCCGCCUCCACCACCAACACCAACAAGGCCUUCUCGCCCGACUCGUUCGAGAUGGACGUGGCCUCGGCCAGCUUCGCCCACCGCGGCUCCGGCGGCUGGAACCCUAUGACGCUCUGGAUCGCCAUGACCGAGGGCGACGUCUAUGCCCUGUGCCCCCUUCUCCCGCAGAGGUGGGCGCCUCCGCCGACCCUGAUCCCCUCGCUGUCCGUAUCCAUCGUCACCACCGUGGGCAGCAUCGAGGACGAUCCGGACGUGUCCGAGUACGAGAAGCUGCUGGCCCAGCAGCAGCUCGAGUGGAUGGGCGAGAUUGACGCCCAGGAGCCGCACAUCAUGGACUCUGCCCCGGGCGACCCCCUCGUCGAGGUGUACACGCGGCCGACGCGCCCCGGGGUCGUGCCCAGGCUGCAGGGCCCGUUCGAGCUGGAGUCGGACCCGGACACGGGCGACGACCUGGACACGACCAUUACCGACAUCACGGUGAUCGGCAAGAAGACGGAGACGGCCGACCUGGUGGGCGGGGAGGAGUGGGGCGUGGAGGACCUCGAGAUCGAGGAGCGGGACAGGGAGGGCGCGUCGCUGCCCGUGGUGUGCCUCCUGUCGACGAGCGGUCAGGUCAGGAUCUACCUCGACCUCGACGGCAUACAGGCGCAGUGGCUGCCCCCGCGCACCAAGUCGACGCGGCUCGGACGUCUGCUCGCCUCGUCGGCCGUGGGGCCCCCCUCGCUGCUCGCCUUCCAGGCCAUCGACACCAUGAGCCCCGUCGAGGUGAGCGAGGAGAGCUGGCCCGUCUUCAGCCUGGACGUCAUGUCACGCUACGAUCUCUACGUGACCCACCACGCCGGCAUCGUCUCCGUGUCGCUCGCGCCGUGGAUCUUCCGGCUGGAGAAGGAGCUGACGGGCGAGUCCGAGGCGGGCACGGACUUCCGCGUCAACCUCGUCGUCAACUCGCAGUCGUCGAGGGACCGCAUCUUCUCCCAGUCGACGGCCGACUCUACGGUACCCCUGGCCGCGGCCGUGACCAUCAUGGACCCGGACAUCGGGUAUUUCCUGCUGUCGUCGACACUGUACGACCCCGUGGCGCUCACCUUCGACUCGCCCGACGUGGAGGUGCCGCCGCCCCUGAUGACGGAGGACGGCAGGAGCGCGUCGGCGGUCGGUGCGUACCUCGAGCGCGAGGCCAGCAUCCUCAAGAAGCAGGCUCCCCCGCUGGACUUCUACGAGCCGCGCCCGACCUUCAACCCGCCGCACGCCUUUGACGAGGGCUCGAUGCUCCCGAACCUGCUGGAGCGCGCCAAGACGUCGCGCCACCGCACCCUCUUCAGCCAGGAGGUCCGUCUGAGUCCGCUGACGCUGUCCGUCUUCACGGACGCGCACAAGGUGCUCAGCGACGAGACGUACCGGCUGGGCGUGGCGGCGGCCGAGGUGUUCCGGUGGUGCGCCAUCCUGCAGGCGGAGCUGCGGCAGCAGAUCGACAAGGCCAACGAGGUCAAGAGCAAGAUCGAUGCCAUCAACGGGGCCCACGGCGACACGGGCGAGCCGGACGGCGUGCAGUACGACCGGAGGAUCCGCGAGGCCCGCACGCGUCAGGACCGGCUGACCGAGAGGCUGGACAGGCUCCGUCUCCUGGCCGGCAAGUCGGGCACCCGCGCCCUGAGCACGAAGGAGAAGGCCUGGUUCGGAGAGCUCGAGUCGGUUGAGGCCAACGUCGACCCCUCGGCGGCCGGCCACACCCGCCAGGCGAACCAGCGGCAGCAGCAGGAGCUCUGGAGAAGGCUGCACAAUGUCGAGGAACUACGGGCCGAGCUCACAUCCGAGGUCAGCUCGAUCAACAAGGCCAAGGGUCUCGCUUCUCCUUCUUCUUCUUCUUCGUCUUCUCCAUCUUCCUCAUCUUCCUCCUCUGCUCCUGCUGCUGCUACCCCAGGCCACCGUGCCACCGUGAGGGGCCACACCAGGAGUGGAAGCAGUGUCUCGGACUUUAGAAUUCCCAACGACAUCCGGAGAUCCAAACUCCAGCAGGUUCAGAGUCUGCUCGAACGUGAAACGGCCCUCGUCGAGGCUGUGACGGCGAGGUUGGAGAGACUCCAGACAGUCUAG